AUGUAAGAUAGUUAAAACCUGAAGGAUUUACAAGUUUAACUCAAUAGAUUUAUAAGUAGACUUGAGGAAUUAGAAAGAGAAAAUAAAUACUUGAAGGAAUAAGUUCAAAAUUAAUAAUGUUAAUUGAUGUAAAAUGUAAAAAUAAUUGAUGUAAAAUAUCAAUAAAUUCAUCGUAAGUAAAUUAAAUAAAUUAAACUAAGAUAUUUAAAGUGUCUAUAUAAAUAUGGUACAUUUUAAAGUUGUCUAAAUAGCAUGAUUAUACAAUACAAUAAAUUAAUAGAUAAAUUUGGUAUUGAUGACACUAUUAAAAUGGAUCUAAAAAGUUGUAUAGAAAAAUAUGGUGUUAUUUAUGAAAAGAAUAAAAUAAUUGAUGAAGAUGAAAUGAAAAAUAUAAUAAAUGAAAGAAUUUCAAAAGAGAGUGAAGAAAUAUAUACACUAUUUUUUCCAACUAAAGUUUAUUAAUACUUAACUGAUAAUGAUUCAUUGUAAUUAAUACAUUAUAUUAUAUUUAGAUAGAAUACUUGUACAUUUUAAUCAUUAUAAUCAUAAAGGUUUAGAAUGUAAAAUUCUAUGUAAAAUACUUAAGAAUUGAUUACAGAUAAUUCUGAUGAUACUAUUAUUAAUAAUCUAACAACUUAAAGAUAUUUGGAAAAGUUAUAAUUUGAUUAUUAAAAUGAUCAAACAUUACAUUAUCCAAAAACCUUUAAAGUGGAAAAACUAUUAUAAUAAACUAAUAGAGAUUUAAGUUUAUAAAAUAAUACAGACAGAUCAUAAAAAUCUAAAUUUGAAAGAAAAGGAGAAAGCAAAUAAGAAAUAAAAUAAGAGUAAUUCAAAGUAUCCCCUCUUAAAUCAUUAAAUUAUUCAGGAGUUGAAGAUAGACUGAAAAGAUUUGAUAAUUAAGAAAAUGAAUAAGGGCAUCCUAGGAGAAGAUCAAGAGCAGAUAGAAUAAAAUAGUAAUAGUGA